GCGGUUGUUGACAGUUACAUCUGAACGAUGAUUGCUUAGAAAUCAAAAACACUCAAACGGUCCCGCCUCUUCCCGGAAGCUGACAGUCAUCUGACUUUUCUUCCCUCUGUGUUUUCUCGUUAGCUUCAGCAUUAGCCACCAAAACAACCGUCCUACCCUCCUCCCUCCUCUCUUCUCCUCCUCUCUUUUCUCUCUUCUCUUUCCUCGGGAGUUAAAACAACUCCUCCGUCCACCUCCAAAAACAUGGACGAGACGAGUCCUCUUGUCUCUCCGCUGCGGGACUCCGGUGACUUCAGCUACGGUCCCACGGAGCCCACCAGUCCGCGGGGCGCGUUUGGAGGUACGCCGGGCUCCGUGGUGCGGAUCCCCGCCGGCAGUCCGGGGCGCAGCCGGGAGAGGCAGCCCCUCUUGGACCGGGACCGCGGGAGCUCCCCGCGGGAGCCGCACCGGAACGAGUUCCCGGAGGAUCCCGAGUUCAGGGACAUCAUCCGAAAGGCCGAGCGAGCCAUAGAGGAGGGGAUCUACCCGGAGAGGAUCUACCAGGGAUCCAGUGGCAGUUACUUUGUCAAAGAUUCACAGGGGAAGAUCAUCGGCGUGUUCAAACCUAAAAAUGAAGAGCCCUAUGGCCAGCUGAACCCCAAGUGGACUAAGUGGCUUCAAAAACUGUGUUGUCCCUGCUGUUUCGGUCGUGACUGUUUGGUCCUGAACCAGGGCUACCUCUCAGAGGCCGGGGCAAGCCUGGUCGACCAGAAACUGGAGCUCAACAUCGUUCCCAGGACCAAGGUGGUUUACCUGGCUAGUGAAACAUUCAACUACAGUGCCAUAGACAGGGUGAAAUCUAGAGGGAAAAGGUUAGCUCUGGAGAAGGUGCCUAAGGUGGGGCAGCGCUUUCACAGGAUUGGUUUGCCUCCAAAGGUUGGUUCCUUCCAGCUCUUUGUUGAUGGAUACAAGGACGCAGACUUCUGGCUGCGGAGGUUUGAAGCAGACCCUUUGCCUGAAAACACCAAUCGUCAGCUCCAACUGCAGUUUGAGCGGCUCGUAGUGCUGGAUUACAUCAUCAGGAACACAGACAGGGGAAACGACAACUGGCUGUUGAAGUACGACUGUCCAAUGGACCCUGUUGGAAACAGGGACUCAGACUGGGUCGUAGUGAAGGAUCCCAUCAUCAAACUGGCAGCCAUAGACAAUGGCCUCGCCUUCCCCCUCAAACACCCCGACUCCUGGAGAGCCUACCCGUUCUACUGGGCGUGGCUUUCCCAGGCCAAAGUUCCUUUCUCCCAGGAAAUCAGAGAGUUGGUCCUGCCCAAACUAUCGGACCCGAAUUUCAUCAAAGACCUGGAAGAGGACCUGUAUGAACUAUUCAAGGUGAGGACGGAGGAGUAAAGGUUCAGCAACGUCUGUGUGGCAAAUUGUUGUGAAUGAUGUGAGUGAGAAAAAUGGAUUCAGA